AUGGAGGGCACAUUCCUCCCAAACAGACCAGCUCUCCCUCUCCAGUUGACAAAACCUACACAAUCAACCCAACAACAAAGACUCGGAUUCAAUCCAACAACUCUCCCGCCACAACCACCGUCUCCGCAAUCUUUCCCCAUUGAUCCUCUCGUCCAACACCUCAUUCACCUCUCUUCACCGCCACCGACCACCACCCACAAGCAGAAACCUAUACGAUCAGUAAAAUCAAGCAACACCCACAUCGAAUUCCCUUCUACUCGCAGUUACUCAAAAAAGCAUGCCCCCAAUCGAACACAUUUCAGGAAGCCUUAUUCGAGUUCACUUCUUACCCUUGAAGACCCGAAAGUUCAAUUGGCGGGUAUUGAUGGUGAUGGUGAUGGGUCGCUUGAUUUUCUUUCAAUUGAGUGUAAGUCUAUGCUGGAUUCUAUCUUGGAACAGUCUUCAUCCAGUUUACAUUUAUUCUUUUAUUCCGUUAAGUUCAAAUUGAUUGAACUCGAUUUGAUUAGCCUAUUAAAGGGUUUAGAUCUUUCGGGUAACUGGGAAAAAGCCCUUUCUCUGUUCGAAUGGGCACUGGAGGAUUCAAGGACUAAUCAAAGCUUCAAUAUUGACAACCAAAUGAUCGAAUUAAUGGUCAAAAUCUUGGGUAGGGAGUCGCAACAUACGAUCAUGUCAAAGCUCUUUGAUAAGUAUGGUGUUGGGGAUUAUUCUCUAGAUGUUCGUGCUUUCACUACUAUUAUCCAUUCGCAUUCAUGUACAGGAAAGUAUGAAAAAGCCAUUUACUUGUUUGAUCGCAUGAAAGCAAUUGGACUUUCCCCAAAUUUGGUCACUUACAAUGUAAUGUUGGAUGUUUAUGGGAAAAUGGGUCGUUCUUGGGACAAAAUCUUGAAUCUGUUAACUGAAAUGAAAACCGAAAAGCUUGAAUUCGAUGAGUUCACUUGUAGUACAGUGAUAUCCGCAUGUGGUAGAGAAGGUUUAUUAGAGGAAGCAAAGACAUUUUUCGCGAGUCUAAAAGCUCAAGGCUAUAAACCAGGAAUCUUUACAUACAAUUCUCUACUCCAAGUGUUUGGGAAGGCUGGAAUGUACUUAGAGGCAUUAAACAUCUUGAAAGAAAUGGAGGAAAACAAUUGCACACCCGAUUUAGUCACUUAUAAUGAGCUUGUGGCUGCUUAUGUGAGAGCAGGGUUCCAUGAAAAGGGGGUUGAUUUAAUCAACACAAUGGCUCAAAAGGGUCUAAAACCGAAUGCAAUCACGUAUACAACGGUUAUAGAUGCAUAUGGGAAAUGUGGAAAAGAAGAUAAGGCGUUGAGUCUAUUUAAUGUAAUGAAGAAAUCCGGUUGUGUUCCUAAUGUUUGUACUUAUAAUGCGAUUCUUGGAAUGUUAGGUCGAAAAUCGAGGUCCGAAGAGAUGAUGGAGAUUCUUCUCGAUAUGAAAUCGAAUCGAAUUUCACCAAAUCGUGUCACAUGGAACACGAUGCUUGCUAUGUGUGGGCAAAAGGGUAUGCAUCUUUAUAUGAAUUGGGUGUUACGUGAGAUGAAAAGUUGUGGUUUUGAACCCGAUAGGGACACGUUCAACACAUUGAUAAGUGCAUAUGGGAGGUGUGGAUUGGAGAUUGAUGCGGGUGAAGUUUAUCGGGAGAUGAUUAAAGUCGGGUUUAAUCCGUGUAUUACAACUUAUAACGCGCUUUUGAACGCCUUAGCUCGUAAAGGGGAUUGGAAAUCUGGGGAAUCGGUGAUUCUAGACAUGAAAAGUAAAGGGUUUAAGCUUACUGAAACCUCAUAUUCUUUGAUGCUUCAUUGCUACUCAAAAGGUCAAAACUUUAAAGGGUUAGAUGCUAUGGCAAAAGAGAUAUACGAAGGGAAGAUCUUUCCAAGUUGGAUGCUUCUUAGAACCCUAAUCCUCGCAAAUUUCAAAUGUCGAUCGCUUUCCGGGAUGGAAAAAGCAUUUCAAGAAUUGCAAAAACACGGGUACAAACCGGAUCUUGUUAUAUUCAACUCCAUGCUUUCGAUUUAUGCAAGAAACAAGAUUUAUGAUCGGGCCCGCAAGAUUCUUGACUUGAUUCAUGAAAACGGAUUGCAACCGGAUCUUGUGACUUUUAACACAUUAAUGGAUAUGUAUGCAAGAACUGGCGAGUGUUGGGAAGCCGAAGAGAUUCUCAAAAGUGUACAAAAUUCGGGUAGAAAACCGGAUCUUGUGUCAUAUAAUACCGUGAUAAAAGCGUUUUGUAGGCAAGGUUUAAUGGAUGAAGCUAGAAGGGUACUUUCGGAAAUGACAAAUAACGGGAUUCGGCCAUGUAUUGUUACAUAUAACACAUUUGUUGCGGGGUUUGCGGCUCAGGGUUCGUUUUUAGAAGUAAACGAUGUGAUUAGUUAUAUGAUUGAGCAUGAUUGUAAGCCAAAUAUGUUAACUUAUAAGACAAUUGUGGAUGGAUAUUGUAGAGCUAAGAAGUAUCAAGAAGCGUUAGAGUUUGUGGGGAAUAUUAGAAAAAUGGAUAGUUCGUUUGAUGAGCAUAGUUUGCAAAUGCUUGCUUCUUGUGCUCGGACAAAUGUGUUAUGA